AUGGCCGUCGACAGCCAGUUGAUCAAGAUUUUCACCACAAUGAGUGAGAAAUAUGUCACGAAGUCUAUUAGCACUGUUCGACAGCCUAGCCAGUCGAAUCUUCUGAUUGCUGCAUCUGGCCCAAAAAUCCUUUCAUUGGGCUUGGAGAGCAAUGCCAUAGUCUCGGAAUGGGCUCCAGUUGAAGCAGUCACUGUUGAAGCAAAUGGCAAGGAAGAGGACAAUGAGAAUGGCGAACGGCCUGCCAAGAAGCAGAAAACGAGCACUGCUUCACCCAAAGCAGCCAACGUGAUCAAGCUGGCCGUAUCUCCUGGAAAACGCCACGUCGUCGCCGUGACGGACGACAAAUUCAUCCACGUGUUCGAGCAGGACCAUGGCAAGUUGACGGAGCUCAGUCAGAGAGCAAUGCCAAAGCGACCGUGCGCCAUUCAGAUCACCCCAGACGAUGCCACGAUCCUCGUCGGAGACAAGUUCGGGGAUGUCUACUCGCUGCCUCUGAUGCCAUCUGAAGAAGGGGAUGUAGCGGCUGGUGCUGCUCCAGAAGCAACACCGCAACCCGAGACCCAAUUCAAGCCAUCCGCAACGAACUUGACUGUCCAUAGCAAGCGCAACCGUGAUGCCUUGGCGGCGCAGAUGCAGCAGAAAAACUUCACGCCUCGCAAAGAAGCUCUAAAGUUCGAGCAUAAGCUACUACUUGGACAUGUCUCGAUGCUCACGGAUAUGAAGUAUGUCAGAUGCGAGAAAGAUGUUCAGAAGAGAGGCUAUAUCAUCACGGCCGAUCGAGACGAGCACAUUCGCAUUUCGAGGGGUCCACCACAAGCUCAUAUCAUUGAGGGGUUCUGCCUUGGUCAUACAGAAUUCGUGAGCAAGAUCUGUCAGGUGGGCGGCAGCAAUUUGCUCGUGUCUGGCGGUGGCGAUCCAUGGCUAGGAAUCUGGGAAUGGUGGCCUGAAGCGAAACUGCGAAGAAGGCUGACUCUCCCCGAGAAGAUGAAGGUACCAGGCCACCCACUUGCAGUUUAUGGGAUCUGGAGUGGUCGCGUUGAUCUGGGAUCGGGCGAAGAAGAUAUCGUUGUGGUCGCAUGUGAAAAGGUCAAAGCGCUGCUGAUCCUAGACCGAACGUCAGUUGAGCAGGAUGGGCCGGGGAUCUGUGUCAAACUUUCACACAACCCAAUUGAUGUGGCGUUUGAUGACCGUUCAAUCUUGGUCUCUACCGAUGCACGACAAUCGUCAGCAGACGCUCGCGAUCAGCGGAUACAAUCGCUUCGCGUGCAGAAGAAGACCGGCGAGCUUCAGGCCGAAGUUGACGUGUCUCCCCGUUAUAUCAAGGCGCUCAACGAGUACAGUGUCCAGUCCGAGAGCAUUGUCGGGGACAAAGAGUUGGAGAGUCUACUCUAUGGCGUGGCAGACCUGCGGAAACGAAGAGACCAGGAAGGUCCUGAGGCAGAGGCAGAGGGUGGAAACGGCGUCACAGCAGACGCUGAUGAUUGA